CAACCUGUGUAAGAGAUAUACAAGGGUCUAUAAUUAUUUCCAAUAUCAAGAUUCGUUUCUCUACUCAUUCCUCCCUUUGAUUAGUAUUCAUAAUCAUAGCCACCCACCCACCCACCAAACGACCCCACAAAAGUUUUAUUCAUUCUCUGCCCCCUGUGUUCUUCUAGUGAGACCCUUUUAAUCCCAUGACCCUUUUAAACCAUACCAUCUAAUUUUCCAACUCAAGCAGAUACGUACGUCUCUCCCAUGUCUUUAUCCUCUCAAAUGGGUCUUGAUCAGGAUGCCAGUAACUCAGGCCUUCACCUUGUCCUCGGAUUAUCUUUGACUGCUACUACAAAGGAAACCACCAUUUCACCUCCACCCAUCAAGCCUGAUGAUCAUCAUCUUUGUCUUAAGCCAACGCCAAUGAAGUCCUAUUCCUCAAAUGAACCGUCUUUAACAUUGGGUCUCUCCGGUGAGUGUUACCAGCAGCAGGUGGCCAAGCAAGUGCCCAAAAAUAAUCAUGGGAACAAAGUUUAUUAUGAGGACCCUCUUGACUUGUCUAGACAGACUUCACCUCACAGCGUUGUUUCAUCUUUCUCCAGUGGGAGAGUGGUCAAGAGGGAGAGAGAUCUUAGCUGUGAAGAGGUAGAGGUAGAAGCAGAAGAGAGGGUUUCUUCAAGAGUCAGUGACGAAGAUGAAGACGUCAUGAAUGCAAGAAAGAAACUCAGGCUUACCAAAGAACAAUCUGCACUGCUAGAAGAGAGCUUCAAACAACACAGCACUCUCAAUCCUAAACAGAAGCAAGCUUUAGCCAGGGAGUUAAAUCUACGGCCUCGACAAGUUGAAGUUUGGUUCCAAAAUCGGAGAGCCAGAACAAAGCUGAAGCAGACGGAGGUGGACUGCGAGUUCUUGAAGAAAUGUUGUGAAACUUUGACAGAUGAGAAUAGACGGUUAAAGAAGGAGCUGCAAGAACUGAAGGCACUGAAACUAGCUCAGCCCUUGUAUAUGCCUAUGCCUGCGGCUACCCUCACCAUGUGUCCCUCUUGCGAGAGGCUUGGUGGAGUGAGUGACAGCGGUUCCAAUAAGAGUCCCUUCUCCAUGACCAUGGCUCCCAAGCCUCACUUCUACAAUCCAUUCGCCAAUCCUUCCGCAGCAUGUUGAUCAUGGUUAGGUUUUCACUUUUCACGGUGAAGAGGUUAAAAAGAAAAAGAAAAAACCAAGAGUAUUCCCCCACAACCAUUGUAUUUUUUUGGUUGAGGGAUACCUCUAGCUAGGUAAAGUUGUAAUUAACUAAUACUAUAGAAAAUAGUAACUGCUGAAUACAUUACUUUUUGCUUUUCCUUCCUUUAUUGUAUGUUUAUAAGUCAUUAUAGAAGAAUCGAUCUAUGAAGGAAUUAUUAUUAU